UAAACAGCGACAAAGGCGGACCUCUUACUUCACUCUUCCACUUUCAUCUCCUGUCACUCUCUCUCUUGCCGCUCGCAAGAAAGAUCAAGACUGGGUACGGUAAAGAGAGGAGGAACAAAAGAAAAAACCCUGGAGGACGAGCUCUAAUGGCGGAUGCCGAUCUGGAUCCAGCUCCUUCGCCGCCGGCUGUGGUUCCUCUACCCUCGCCCCCUAAGGUCCAGUUUCAACCACUAGGGGAUCGGAUCACGGAAUUGAAUGAAUCGCAGUCGGAGUUGUUGCUCAAACUUCAAGGGCUGAAACAAGACUUGCAAAACUGGAGGUCAAAGUUGGACACACAAGUUAAGCUUUACAAAGAUGAGCUUUCAGAUCUCAAAAAGGCGCUGAAUACUGAACUUGGGCAGCUGAGAUCGGAAUUUACGGAACUGAGGACCACUCUUCAAAUGCAGCAAGAUGAUGUCACACUGGGCCUUAAAAACUUAGUGAUUCAAGAUGCACCUGAGCAAACCGAAGAACAAAAAAAUCUCGAGGUGGAGGAUGGCUUGGAGAAACCAGAAGCUCGUUCCUCAGGCAACUCUCAACUCGAUUAAUAAAUAAAUGGUUUUCUUGCAAGUAAUACAGAUGCUGCUUUGUGUAUGGCCAGCUGCACCACUGAGAGAUGCUAUUAGGAACUUGAGUGAUGCAUUGAAUACAGUCAUAGACAAAUUUAUUACAAUACUUGUAUUUUAAUAUGGUGAAAGGCCAACAAUUAUGGUUGACCUUUUACUAGAUUCAUCUUGGUUGCACCGUCUCCCAUCACGUUCUGAAGCCUCAUCAUAGCUACUCUUUACUCUUUGUAACUCUUAACUGUUAAUGGCAGGUAUAAGCAUGUGUCAAUGUAAAUCUUGGAAGCUGUGGAAUUGUUCGUGCAAUGCAUUGAGCAUCUUUCAUAUUA